AUGUCGCUGAAGGAGAAGAAAAAGCUUUCGUGCCACAACUGCCGCAAAAUCAAAAGACGCUGCGACGGCGAAGACCCGUGCUCCAACUGCUUGAAGCGGAACGCCCAGUGUGAAUAUUCUCAAACGGACCGCCGCUCGCAGCGUUUUUCUGUGGGCUACAUCAAGUCCUUGGAGACCAACAACGAGGUGCUUCAAAACACCCUUUCGCUUUUGGUGACGCUCCGCAACGAGCCGGAAAAAUUGGCCGAGAAACUCGCAUCGUUGGCCGCCAGCAUCCCAAAGCAAACCGAAAACCACCAGAUACAAAAGUACUCGGAGGAGUUGGGCGAAAACCUCGACCCGUCGCACGACGCCGAGGUGUCUCUCCCCAUUGUGGAUGAGCAGGCCAACUACUUUGGCCCGGGAAGCAUCUACCACUUUCAGAAUUUCCCCAAGCCCGAUGGCGUGCCCAUGAUAUACGAGGGCAACAACACGCUCCCCAUGCGUGUGGUGACUCUAGAGCUGGACUUUGAGUACAUCCGCGACUUGGUGGUGUCGUUUUUUGACCAGCAGUACCCCAUGAUUUUCCUGUACAUCUUGGACCGCCAACUAGUGUUGGCCGAGUUGGAAGAGCGCAACUUUUCGGGCCAGUUCCUCAGCAGGGAGUUGGUCUACGCCAUCUGCGCCAACAGCAUGAAGCUCAAGUACGCCGAGGCCGACGCCUACUACGACUUGGCAUCUCGCAUGCUUUUCAUGAACAUUCUGAAUUCCACCGUAGCCCGUGCGCAGGCGUACUUUCUUAUAUCUUUCCACCAGUUUUCCAAGGGCCAGAUGCUGAAUGGCUGGCUUCUUUCCGGCUUGGCGUUGCGUGCGGGCUAUGACGCGGGCUUUGACUAUAAUCCUACGGGCCAUGUGGCGGUAAACCGUUUCUACUGCGCCAGUAUUCUCUGCGAUCUAUUCAUUGGACUUGCCGUGGGUCGCAAGGCGACCAUGAAGUUGCAAGGAAACCCUGUUUGGCGCCUUCCAGGCGAGUCUGAGACAGACUAUAUGGUGCUUAAAAACAGCGUCGACCUUGUGGAGUUGUCUCGCGACAUGAUUCGGGCCACAUACCAACCCAUUGCCUUUGACAAGGACCCCAAAAUCAACUACUUGCUCAAGUUCAACCGAUGCAAAGCGUUCAACAUGCAGUUGAUGAAGUGGAAGUCAAAAUUGGACCCUGUGUGCCACUGGCUGUAUGCGUCGCUUAAAGCUUCGAAAACGAUCGCCAAAGACAACCACACAUUGAAAUACUUGUACUACCACAUUCUCCUUUUCACAAACAAGCCAUUCAUCCACAUCCAGAAACAAUACCUGACCAUGUACAUCAUCGAAGAGAUACUGAAAGAGAUGUUCGUGAUUGUGUCGCUGCGGUACCAAGAACUUCAACUCAAUGUUGACUCAGACAGCGAGAGGGCCUCACAAGAAUCAGACGUGCUGAGCUGGAUGAGGCCUUACAAUCAGAUGGACCCAUACAACUGGGCCAGCAUGGAUGUGUGUCUUCUUACGCUCUUGUGCCAUGUUUUGGUCACGUUGAUUGUUAGCGAGCCGGAACACUAUUUGUAUUUGGAGAAACACUUUAAGCUCUUCUGCAAGUUCUUAUCCUUCACCAGUCCUCGCAAAUACAAGGACCAAGACAAUCCAGUGACAUUGCUCUAUGGCCAGUACAUGCAGUUCAAGGCCAAACUGAAGGCGUCCGAUUCCGAAAACGCGCUGGGCGACUUCAGUCUGCCUCAGACUCUGGUGGAUAUGGCUAGUGACCGUGAACCACGCAAAUCUGAAACCAGCAUGCUGAGCACCGACUCUAGAGCUGGUAUCAAGGAAGAAGACACUUUCAAUGUCAGACCUAUGGAAGCUCCUCCACUGGCAAUGCCUCAAGGCAACUUCCCACAAAUGCCUGUGAUCAACGAACAUGCCUAUGGCUACGAUCCUUCGUACGUGCAUCAAGUGGUGCCUAUGAUGGAAAAUAUGGAGCUUUCGGGUAACAAUAUGGUGGAUCCAAAUUUCCGUAUGCAAGCACCACCCAACACACACGAAGUGCCAGGCUAUUAUGCUGCUCAACCAGAAUGGGCAAACGUGUUGCCGGACGAAAGAUACGCAAACUACGACCAACUUCCGCCGGCACAGGAUCCGGUAAACCGUAUGGUGAACCAAAUGUUCAGUAACACUGGACAAGAGUUUGCCGUAGACCGGGAGAAGUUCAACUGGGAUGCAUUGUUCAAGGAGGACUAUCUUCGGAUGAUGUAG